CCCAUUUCUACCUACACAGCUGUUCCCUGCUCCUCAUCUGCACGUAUACGCCAUUGACUGGUUGAAACUCGAAUAUCUACACCUUCACAUACUCUGUACCGAAUAUCUUCAUCAAUAUUGUCCCCUUGCGUUGCCCUUGUGGCGUUGGACAAGGUCCAGCUGCUUUCCGUUCGUAUCGCUCUCGCGCGGCGUCGGUUUAGGGUGACUUCGCUGCAUUCACCGCAUCACCACCACCACUACCACUACCACCACACUCGUUUUUCGACGCAACAUAUAUCUGCACCACUGCACCUACUGACAUACAUAUACUGCGAAACCCAAACGUCAUUUAAAUGAAAUCUUCUUCGCUUUGUAACAAAUACAUCGACUCGGUGCCGCAGACCAGGCACAGGCACAGGCACAGGCUUGGGAAUUGCCAUCGCAGGUCCACCUCUCUAUAAUAUCACCAUCUCACAAAAUGUCAGCUCAACCACCCCAACCAACCAUCACGGGUCCCUCUAGACCAGAGACACCCCAAAGGCGACCGCAACCAACGGUGCUUCAAUCUCAAGACAAUGAUGCGACGAUGCGACCGGAUGCCAACAAAGCGCAACCACUGACGAAGAAGAAGAGGAAUCAUCGGGGUGGAAAGAAGAAGCGCACUAGAAGACAGUCUUUCGCCCUGCACGAAGAGGGACCCGAACUGACAGAUGCUUCUCGAUCACGACCAGGAGAGGAUCUGCAGAGUGUAGCAAAAGCGAGUUUCUAUAGACUCCAGGGGCGCAAUCAUAGCAAUACGAGCUUGGAUAGCGAAGCUCUCUUGGAUCACCGGUAGGUUGGAGCAAUUGAGCUUCCGUGGAUUACACUGAUCUUUAUGCUAGGGAACAACAAAACAUCAGACCUCGUAGGCAGUCAAUGAUGGGUUCAAGCGCGUUUGGAGUCCCAAUCUACGAAACCCCUUCCUCCUACCGCCCACAAUAUCAAAAUCCAUUUACUACGCCGGGAAAGAAUUCGAACAAUGAUAGAGAAGAUGAUAUCGAUGAGGACGAGCGGGCACCCCUGAUACCAUCGUCAUCCAAAUCCAAGAGCUCAGGGGCUACAUGUACAUACGGCGGUGCCAACAAUUCGAGAAACAACCUUCAAUCCUCACACAGAAGAGCUUCCAGCAAAUCCUCGUCGAGAAGCAGGAAGAAGACUACCUUUGACCGACCUACCUUGGGACUUCCCCUUAGUGAUUCAUACAAUGUCAAUUAUCCCCCUUCAGUACCUGGAAGUCCUACCCUCAGCGCUACAAAUCGGAACAUGAGCUUCGGGGAUCUCAUUGACUUAUCAAAUGCUCGAGAUGAUCGUGAUAUAUUUAGCGAAUCCGCGAUCGAUGAUCGUUCAAUUGCAGGGUCAACCACCAGGAGACAAGGCAGAAUUGAGAGACGUAGCACAAUCGCCCUUGAAGCCGAAGGAGAUGUCUGCUUUCCAGUUGAGGGAAUGUCUGAGAUGGCGGAUGAUGAAAUGGCACAGAGGGACGGUAAUUCACGACAUGGAAAUGGGCUCAGACGAAAAAGGUCAAAAUGGCCACACCUGGCUAUGCUCGAUGAGUGGAGCAGAUUUGAAAAGGAAGGCCGAAGUGACGAGCGCAGAGCGAAGAAGAUUACCGAGCCACAAUUAAUUGGAGGUCGAUUACGACCAAUUCAUCGAGGAUGGCACCGAGCCGAGGAUGACGCUCCUUAUCGAUUCACGUAUUUCAAUGAGGAAUUUCAAAGCACAAUUCACAGUCAGACUAUUUCGGAAUUAGUACAGCCUGGAGGAAGUUUCAAAGAAUUAUUUAUACCAGAUAGACCGGUAUUGGAAGACUCUUCAGAAUCCGAGGAUGAUGAGGAAGAAUCUGAUCGCAAAUCUGGGAACAUGACAUCACAAAUCAGACAUGUAUCCGGUAUGGGUGCUUUCGAUGGCGGAUCUCGAGCUCCUACACGACAGGGCUCAAUACAGGAACAAAAGUCCGACCUACGACGUGGUGGUUCAGUCUCACUUGCUGAUACAGAAUCGAAAGCUGCUACAUCUGGCGAAGCCACUCCCAAUGGUGGGCGAAAAUCACCUGCUCAGGAAAAAGGAAAGCCGAAGCGAUAUGGCGAUCGCCCGACCUGGUGGCUGGAUGUACUGUCUCCUACAGAAGCCGAAAUGAAGGUUCUUUGCAAAACUUUUGGAAUCCAUCCGCUCACGGCAGAAGAUAUCAUGAUGCAAGAAGCUCGAGAAAAGGUUGAGCUCUUUGGCAACUACUAUUUUGUCAACUACCGAUCAUUUGAACAAGAUAUGAAUAAUGAGGAUUUCUUGGAGCCCGUAAAUAUGUAUGUCGUCGUAUUCCGGGAAGGGGUCAUCAGCUUCCAUUUCUCCUUGACGCCACAUCCCGCGAAUGUACGAAGACGAAUUCGACAAUUAAAGGAUUAUCUUAUACUAUCUUCUGAUUGGAUCUCUUACGCCAUCAUUGACGAUAUUACGGAUGUUUUCGCCCCCUUGAUUCAGAAUAUUGAGGAUGAAGUUGAUGAUAUUGAUGAUGCCAUCUUACAACUUCAUUCCCAAAAUCCGGAUGGGAAGCUGAAUAAAGAUGAGAAACAAGGGGAUGGUGAUGGAACAUCUGGUGAGAGUGGUGGCGAUAUGUUGAGGAGAGUUGGAGAUUGUCGAAAGAAAGUCAUGGGUUUAUAUCGAUUGCUGGGUAACAAGGCGGAUGUCAUCAAGGGCUUUGCCAAGAGAUGUAACGAACAUUGGGAAGUCGCACCACGCAGCGAAAUCGGUUUGUAUCUUGGUGAUAUCCAGGACCACAUCGUAACCAUGACUGGUAACCUGUCACAUUACGAAAAGUAUGUUCUCCCUCCUACCUCCUUUCUUCCCUGAACAACCCAUACUAACCCUAUAUCCUCAGAAUCCUAGCCCGCUCCCACGGCAAUUACCUAGCGCAAAUCAACAUCCGCAUGAAUGAGCGCCAAGAGCAAACCGCCGAUGUCCUGGGUAGACUCACAGUCUUGGGUACCAUCGUCCUACCCAUGAACAUCAUCACAGGUCUUUGGGGAAUGAAUGUGUGGGUCCCUGGGCAGGAUUACGAAGGGGAUUUAACGUGGUUUUGGUGUUUGACAGCGGGGUUGUUGGCUUUUGGGUUUACGUGCUUCUUCUUGGCGAAGAAGGUGUAUAAGAUUGUGUAA